AGAAGGAAGGCCGGCGGGACGGAGGGAGGCCUGGGCCAUGGCGCCGCCUCUGCAGCCCCCGGGCAGCUGCGGACCCUGGGAGAUGCGCGAGCGCCUCGGCACCGGCGGCUUCGGCAACGUCCUCCGCUGGCAGAACCAGGUGAGGGGAAGAGGCGCGCACGCAUUCACACGCACACGUGUACCCCGCGCGCGGCUCUCGGGCCUGCGACACGGAGAAGGGGCGCCUCGGAGGCCUCCGGGAUUCGCUUCUGGAGUCCGGCGGCCGCGUCCAGGUCCGCCUUUAGAAAGAGCCCCUCGGGAGGCGGCGGCUUCGCUGCCCGGGAAAGGAGAAGACUUUGCUCUGCCGCUUCGCCUCCGCUUGGCUUCCGUGGCAGCCUCCCCCCCCCCCCCCCCGGGCAGGAGGCCACCUCGGCAAACUCCAGAGGUAUAUUAAAAAGAGGCAACUUGGCCCGAUGUGUCAUCCACAAUUAUGUCCUGGGUGCGAUGAAAUGGGCAGGUGGCACUUGAAGGCGCCAUUUGCCUCUCGUUGCGCUUUUAGGGCGGCGCUGCUGUGCCAAGACAUCCAGGAUCCCCUUUCACCUAAAACAGCAGUGUGGAUCCUGAGUGUGUGGACUCUCGGAGUUUUAGGAGAUCUUUCACAUGGCAACAUUUCUACCUGCAAGGUAUUUCCACAUAGGAUUUUUAAUAAAAAAAACCCCGGCUGCAGAUAGAUGGUACAUAAAACAUAGGAAGCAGCCCUGCAGCAAGUUGGAGUAUUGGUCUGCCUGGCUCUGUGGGCGCUUGAGUGGCAGCCGCUCUUCAGGGCUGGAGACCAGAGCCUCCUUCCCAGCUCUGUCUGGAGAUGCCGGGGAUCAAGCCAGGGACAUUCUGCAUGCAAGGCAGCUGCUGCACCUCUGAGCUAAAGCCAAUCGCCACACGUAAUAAUGGGUGUCACUUCUAUGCGUGGGGUUACCAAAGGACGUACAGGGAGCAUACCACCCUCAUUUACAGAUUCACACACCUCUGUGCGCAUUCCACAAAUAACUAUGCCAAACAAUGUCCAGUGCUGUUGGCUCCUUCCUAACUGCUCUGAGUCCGUGUUCUGUUCAUUAUCUCUGCAAUAACUGCUCCAGCACUGGCUUCUGAAACAGGGCAAGUUAGUAAAUUGACCAACAGUUGGCAGAUUUAUUACCGAGUAGAUUGGCUUCAGUAACUUGUAUGUGUGCAUACACAACAAAAGGGCCAUUUGUAAAAUAAUCCUGAUAGAGUCUGCACUUGGUUUUCUCCUCAGAGAGCCAGUGUGGUGUAGUGGUUGAGAGCAGUGGACUCGUAAUCUGGGGGACCGGGUUCGAUUCCCCGCUCCUCCACAUGCAGCUGCUGGGUGACCUUGGGCCAGUCCCACUUCUCUGAAGUCUCUCAGCCCCACUCACCUCACAGAGUGUUUGUUGUGGGGGAGGAAGGGAAAGGAGAAUGUUAGCCGCUUUGAGACUUCUUAGGGCAGUGAUAAAGUGGGAUAUCAAAUCCAAACUCUUCUUCUUCUUCUCAGAUUCAUAUAACAAUGGCAUAGGAAUUUUGUAGCAUCUGCAGCAGUACUAACACUGUCAGGGUUUUGAGAGUUUGAAGGUCAGAGCACUUGGUUCACAUGAAUAAACUCCCCCUUUUUUAACAGGAGAGUGGGGAAGAAAUUGCUAUCAAACAGUGUCGUCAGGAGCUCAGCCCACGCAACAGAGAAAGAUGGUGCUUAGAAAUACAAAUCAUGAAACGGUGAGCGGUAUUGGAAAAUGUGUGGCUUGUGUAAAUAUCAUGGGCAGUGAAUUUUGCCUUCUAGUAAAAGCAUUUAACACCAGGAUUUUAAUCCUGUUUAUUUACAGAGUUAUCUUUUAGUUUGCCCCAUCUUGAGAAGGAAGGUGUGGCAGCAUUAACCCAUUAAGCCAGGCUUUGGUUUUCCAAGUGAGGAUGGGGAACGUCUGGUCCACAGGCCAAAUUAGGCCCUGCACAGGUCCCAAUCUGGUCCACAAGGCCAUUUCCCCCAAAGUGUGCCCACCUGCCCAAGCCAUAUGUGGCAUUAAGGGAAGCACAGGUAGAGACACACUGCAAAGGACAGCCAGGAGCCUUAAAGUGGCAAGUGACGUUUGCUGCCAGUACCAGUCAGCUGACUGACAGUGACAGCAGACCCCAGCGGACUGGCUGCACUAGGGAGUUGCAGAUUGGAUCUCUGCUCAACACGAUGCUUCCUCCAAAGAGUUUAAUAUGCAGAAUCUUCUUUCAUGUUUUUGACUUCUUGAUGAGAAUGGUAAGGACAUUGAUUUUAAAAAGCUAAAAAAAACCCACCUCCUGCAACAUGAAGCUCCAGGAGAAUGUUUUAGAGCACACUGUCAGUUCACCUGGGGGGAUUGUGGGGCCCAGCAGGAGGACCUGUUCUGAAGAAUAUGCUCCAGGAUCUUUCUACACUCAAACGUUUCAUGGUGGACAUUCAGGAAUUGCAUAGCAAGACAGGCCAAUGUAGAAAGUGUUUCUCAGAAAGUUAGAAAGCCACUGCUUAAAGGUAAAGUGAGAGAUCCACCUGAGAUCUUACUGUGUUUUCUUUUCCUCAGGCUAAACCACCCCAAUGUGGUGGCUGCCCGGGAUGUCCCAGAAGGGAUGCAAAACCUUGCCCUGAAUGACUUGCCAUUGCUGGCUAUGGAGUACUGCCAGGGAGGAGAUCUCAGGAGGGUGAGUGAGGGGCGGAAAGGGGGGGGGAGAGACUGAGAAAAUGGACUGGGUUUAAUCAAACGGCUGCUCUGUAUUCCCAGUCAUAGUGAGGGCUUUGCCUGAGUUUGUGGCACAGAGGAGGAGCUUCAUUCUUCUCAAAUAAUGUGCCACCCAUUAGUGGUUUCUUCUGAAGUUAUCAUUUAAGAGAUAUUUAUUAUUAAGCUUACAUACAAGGUACGAGUAUCUGCAGGCAACAAGUGAUAGGCAAUUCCAAAGCCCUUGAGAGCAGGGAUAGAGUGUUGGUGCUGUUUUAUGCUUGAAUGCCCACUGAGGCCUAGAUAGUGGAGAGGCAGGUGGUCAAGACUUCCUCCACUGUAGGGAGGAAGCAGGAGGCCCUGAACAUUCCUGGGAAUCACAAGGGGGAGGGGAGCUGCUGCUGCGCUCAGGUCCGGCUUGCAGGCUUCUAGAGGCAUUUGGUUGGCGGCCGCAGGAGAACAGAAGGCAGACCCAAAUGGGCCGUCUGCCUGAUCCAGCAGGACACUUUUUGUGAAUUCUGCUUGAAUACCUUCCUGCUGCAGUUGCCGUCUUGCUCCCAGAGAAGGUUGCUAGAAAUAUGUGGUUGGUUUCUGCCGGAGGGUAGAGAAACUGGGGAAAACAGGAUGACAGAAGGACUGCUCUUAUGUUCUUAUGGGGAAAGAGGCAAAUAUGUUAUUUGUUGCAUUAAAAAUUUGUAUUAUUCUACUUACAUUACUUAAGAAUGCAGGUGAAGGAUAGCAUGAGUGAAAGUUCCACUAUAUCAUUUUUUCUGUGGAAAGCUACUUUGAAAAGUGUGUUCUUUUCCCUGAUGUGGAGAUAUUGUGCCUUCAGGAUAGCUCAGUUGGCUAGAGCGUGGUGCUGAUAAUCCCACCCCCUUGUUGCUAUAUGCUGAUGACGCGGCCAUCAUCUCACGUUCCAGACCGGGUUUGAAUUAUCUGAUGAGGAAAUUAUCUGAUUACUGUUCUGGAAAUGGUUUAUCCAUUAAUUAUGAAAAAUCUAAACUUUUAGUCUUCGAAAGAAGAUUUUCCCGGUCUAAAUGGGUGCUGGAUGGUCAUAACCUUGAACAGAUAAAAUACUUCAGUUAUCUAGGGCUCACAUUCCAUCAUACAGGAUCUUGGAAGCACCAUUGGCAAACCUCCCUUCAAAAGGCGGAGAUUACAAAGCUAGCCAUACUCAGAUUCUUCUUCACAAAGGGCGGCAAAUAUGUUCCAGCAGCCUUAAGGGUUUUCAACGCAAAGCCCGUUUCCCAACUCCUGUAUUCAGCAAAUGUCUGGCAUAAUGGGGACCUGCCAAAGCUAGAUGGCUUUCAGGCAAAAUUUCUACAAUCUCUCCUGCAGGUACCCAACUGCAUCCCCAACUCCGUACUUCUGUUAGAAGCUGGUGAAUGCCCAAUUUCAACUAAAGCGUGGUGGGCUGCCCUAAAACAUUGGCUCAGGAUUUCAAUGUUUAACCUAGGGGGUUUGUACCAACACCUGACCAAUGAGGAAUUUGUCAGCAAAUGGCAGAAAACCAUGGCUAAAAAAGCCACCUCUAUUGGUCUGUCUCCCCCCCAACUGUAUUACUUGGGUUAUGAAGGUGUCCAAAAGAUUUUAAAGCAAAGAUUAUGGGAUAAUGCACACAGUGACAUGCGAUCUCGAUCACACGCAGUCUGUAGUCAGCUGGCAGUAGGAGUACAAUAUGAGUAUGUCUUUAAGUCAACAUCUUACAUUAAAAAUCUGACAGUACCAAACUACCAAAGGCUUUUCACCAAAGCCAGACUAAAUGUCUUUCCCUCUGCAGUGUUGGAUGGUAGGUUGAGAGGAGUUCCCUACCAGGACAGACUUGGCUCGUGUGCUCAAGACAUCAAUUCCAUAAAACAUAUUUUGCUGCAUUGUGCAAAAUAUGAGCAGGCCAGGGCUGAACUGAUACUACCCUUGCUGGUACCUUUCCCGGGAAAAUCAGAGGCUCACUAUGUCAGGUUCCUACUGUAAGACCGGACAUAUGCUAGAACGUUAGCAGCAGCAAAGUUUUUAUGGGUGGUUGCAAGAACAAAUGAGCCCUAUAUUCUAAACAAAAUGCUUGUUUAACCUGGAUGUAGGCUGUAUGAAUUGUGUAUUGAUUUGUAAUGAUUUGUUGGGUCUCUGGACCGUAAUAAUAAUAAUAAUAAUAAUAAUAAUAAUAAUAAUAAUAAUUUUUUAUUUAUACCCCGCCCUCCCCAGCCAAGGUCAGGCUCAGAGCGGCUUACAAGCAAUAAUAAAAACAAGAAGAAUGAUUACAACUUAAAAACAAAAAUAAAACACAACAUUAAAAUAAUGGAACAUUAAAAUAUUAAAAUGUAGCCUCAUUGCAGGAGGAGAAGGAAAAGAAAAAAAGAAAGAGAGGGAGGGAGGGAAUCAAAUUGGCUCCAAGCCAAAGGCCAGGCGGAACAACUCUGUCUUACAGGCCCUGCGGAAAGAAAUCAGAUCCUGCAGGGCCCUGGUCUCAUGAGGCAGAGCGUUCCACCAGGCUGGAGCCAGUGUUGAAAAGGCCCUGGCUCUGGUUGAAGCCAAUCUAACUUCCUUAGGGCCUGGGACCACUAGGGUGUUGCUAUUUAUGGACCUUGAGGCUCUCCGUGGGGCAUACCAGGAGAGGUGGUCCCGUAGGUACGAGGGUCCUAGGCCGUGAAGGGCUUUAAAGGUCAAAAGCAGCACCUUAAAUCUGACCCUGUACUCCACCGGGAGCCAGUGCAGCUUGAAAAGCACUGGGUAAAUAUGCUCCCAUGGCAAAGACCCCGUGAGAAGCCUCGCUGCAGCAUUCUGUACCUGCUGGUGUUUCUGGGACAGCUUCAAGGGCAGCCCCGCGUAGAGCAAAUUACAGUAGUCAAGCCUGGAGGUGACCGUCUCAUGGAUCACUGUGGCCAGGUCGGGGCGGGAAAGGUAAGGGACCAACUGCUUGAUGCGGCGAAGGUGGAAAAAUGUCGCCUUAAAGAUUGAUUGAUUGAUAAUCCCAAGGCCUCAGGUACAAUCCCCAUCAGGGUGGAUAAAAAUCAAUAACUUUUUAGACUUCCGGGUUAGCGCCAUCGCCGAAUGGCGGACUCCCUCCGAGCUCCGGAGGGAGUCUGCUCGGCAGGGGCUGGGUCCUACCGCGCCGGCGACGCGGGGACCCUUAAAAACCACGGGCACGGAGUCCGUGGACAUGGGUGACUCGGCUUGCACCAUUAGCGCCCUCCCGACUCGUGAAGGAGCCUUUUUAAAGGCUUCGGAUCGGGUGCCGGGAGUGGCGUGGUGCUUUGAGUCCACUGCUUUCCUGCCGAGCGCAGCCGCAUGCCAUUCGGCGGAGAGCGCUGACUUCUUCUAUUGAAAAUUUGGACUAUUAACAACAACCCGUGAGUAAUUGGGAAACCGGGUUCAAAAUUUUGGAUUUGGCACGAGCGGGGCGAUUUAAAAGGAAGUCAAUCCCCCUAUUGUAAACAUUCCAAAACAAGGACUGGGUAACCAAGGUCCAAAGGGAAGUAUGUCUUUGAUAAAAAUCAUUAAUUUCACGAUGGGAAAUUAUAAGAAAUGUGCUGGAGGAGAAGAGUGGAGGGUGAGAAGAAAAAUGCAACCCCCCCCCUGGGAACCGGGGCGAUUCGUGGAGCUUGGUGAAGAGAGACGGAGACUUUGACAGCUGUCAAAGUGGCUGUCAAAGCUGGAGAAUAUAAAGAGGACUUUACGAGGACCUUGCUGGUUAAUUUUGUUACAAUUUGCUAUAAUAUGGAUAUAAACUGUUGGAAAAUAAGCAACAAUUUGACUUUUGGAUUAGAGGAUACAAAGUUAUUACAAUCCCCUAGAGGGGUUUCGGGAUACUACAAGAACGGUCGUAAGUGGAAAAAUACCCUGGGAUUCGCACAGGAUUUGUUAUCUUCUGGGAAAGCUGCAAAACUGAAAGAAUAUUUUGUCUACAGAGGAAGACAAUGGAAUUUUUAUUGAAGAAAGAAAGGGACUGGACGUAAGUUUUUGUUCCUGAAUAACAAACCUCUGCAGAGACACUAGAUUUCUGAAUUAGAAAGUUUUAGCAGCUGAACAGGACAAGAAACCUGAGAAAGUGAGGAAUAAGAAGAACAAAGGACUGAUUACGACACGGAAAGAACAACGGGAGGAGUGGUAAAGAUCAAGGAAAUUAAAGGCCUUUGUUAGAUUGGACAUUUGAAGUCAAAUAUUAUUUAAAUUAAUAAACUAAAAGAAAACCGGCAAGAUUGAAAUGAGACUUCCAAGCUGAUAACGUAUAGACUGAUGGACAUGGGGAAUUCAAACCGGGGAAGGGGGGGGGGGAGAUUUGAAAUCCAAAGGCUGUGUAACUAUUUUUGAAUUUUUCUAUAUCUCUUAUUUUCUAUUUCUUUACAUAACUUACGCAUGUUAUUUUACUUUGAUCGGACGUGUUUAAAAAAAGGGAAUUUGUGGAAGGAACUGGGGUGGAUCUUGGGGAAAAUCUUUUCUCUUUUUCUGUUAAUGAUGUGGGACGGUGGUAAGAUUUGUACAAUUCAAUCUGGAUAGUGGGUUAAACAAAUUAAGCUUUAAAUUGGGAGUGAGAGCUUGUAGAAACAAAUUAAGGAAAGGGGAAUACAAUUAGGUGGGGGGGAAGGGGGAGAACAAGAAAGUAGGCAAAGAAAGUAAGGUUUUAAAUAUCUUUUUCUUUUGUCUUUUUCUUUGUAUUUUUAUAUUUUUGGAAACUUUAAUAAAUAUGAUUUAAAAAAAAAAAAAAAUCAAUAACUUUUUAAAGAAAAUUUUUAAAAAUUGAUUUUUUUAUUUAAAUCAGAUUUUCUUGAUUUAAAUCAGAUUUUUUAAAAUAAAAUGCUUUUGGAGGAAAUUUUUCUCUAAAGAGAGUUUCUAUUUAAAUUACAUUGUAGUCCAAAGGCUAUUCAUCAAGAAAUAAGGAUUUGUUUUAAGUUUUUCGUGUGUGCGAAAACUCAGUCUAAGUUGGGUUUUUUUUUUAAAACCGUUUAACCACAUAAUGGUUAACACAUAUGGAAGCUCAACAGAAACCUUUCUCAUGUCCUCUUGUCACACCUUUCAGCACCUGAAUCAGCUUGAGAACUGCUGUGGCCUGCGGGAGAGAGCUAUCCUUAUCUUGCUGUCAGACAUUGGUAAGUGACCAGAGGUGGCCCUGUGGGGAGGUAAGGAGCCUCAGAUGGUAGGUUUUGAGUGGAAUUAAGGAGGUGGGUGGCGCUGUGGGCUAAACCACAGAGCCUAGGACUUGACGAUCAGAAGGUCGGCGGUUCGAAUCCCCGCGACGGGGUGAGCUCCCGUUGCUCGGUCCCUGCUCCUGCCAACCUAGCAAUUCGAAAGCACAUCAAAGUGCAAGUAUAUAAUAGGUACCGCUCCGGCGGGAAGGUAAACGGCAUUUCCGUGCGCUGCUCUGGUUUGCCAGAAACGGCUUAGUCAUGCUGGCCACAUGACCCGGAAGCUGGACCUAAUGGUCAGGGGUCCCUUUACCUUUACCUUAAGGACAGCAUAGUGAGAUGCAAACACCUGUCAGGGAACAAGCGCACUGAAAUGAACAGGUGUGUGCAAGAACUCCUCAUUUCAAUGAGGAUUUUGUGCCCCCUGGGUGGUGUGGCUGCAGAUGCCUAUCAGAUUUUAUGUCUCGGGUACUAUCUCAUCUUUCGAAUAUGUCCUUAUCAAAAAAAAGUAUGUUCUCAUACAUGCAAGGGCUUUUUCUUCUAUCCCUUGGCAAGAGUAGGAGUUAGAAAUCAGGGCAGGGCAAAACAGAUUCUCAGGAGAAAUGUGCUCUAGCAGCUGGUCUGGAUGGCCCCAGCUGUUAGGCUACUGCACCUUGUGCCUGUGUGUUCUUGCUGCUCCACGCGAACUCUGCUGCUCCACUUCUAAUGAUAGACGCUGCACUUCUGGUGCUCUGAGCAGGGCCAGAUUGAGGUUUGAUGAGGCCCUAAGCUACUGGAGGUCAUGGGGCCCUUUAUAUGUCCAGCUGUCCUUUGUCAAAAACAAAUUGUCUGUUUUUUGUGUUGAAUAUAUGCUAUAUGGUAAUUUAUGGACCUAAUAGGUAUCUAAAGCCAUUUGCCACUGUUGCUGUAUGUAAGUUUUAUUUUAUUUGUUUUUUACCUUAUGUUUUGGAAAUGCACAUCCAGGUUUUUUUCCCUUUAAUUUUUUGGGGGCCUCCAAGAGAGUGGGGCCCUAAGCUAUAGCUUGUUUAGCUUAUACGUAAAUCCGGCACUGGCUCUGAGCCUUUACAGUGCUGCUGCUGCUUUUCUGAGCUAACGACAGAAUGCACUAAUUGAUUCAUACGGAUAGAUUUUGGUGAUGACAAUACAUUCCUCUCUCUUUCCCUCUUUCUCCACCCCCUUCCGUCUCAGCCUCUGCUCUCAGAUACCUUCACGAGAACAGGAUCAUCCAUAGAGACCUGAAACCAGAAAACAUUGUCCUUCAACAAGGAAAAGAGAGGGUGGGUGAUGCUCUUCUGUUAAGCUUCCCCACCUGUCACCACUAAGGCAGGGUGCUGGGCAGAGUUGUAUCCCUCCUGCCAAAGGCGCUGUUUGAGAAGACUCAGUGAAUAGGGGUUGGGUGUGCUUCGGCUAAGACACUGAUCUAGCAUAGUUACUUACAGAAGAAAAGACUCAGCUGGCUGGAGGUUUGUAGUGAUGUGAGUUGCUUUCCUGCAGCAUGUUCUGGUGGUCUUGCUCAAAUCACUUUGAAUUUGUUGAUGUGCAGACAUCCCUUUGCAGUGCAGCUGCUCUCUGGUUGGGGCACUCUGGUGUGAAUCAUGGGGUCUGGUAUAUGGUGGGCUGUGGCAGGUUGGUCCUGCUUUUCUGUUUGGGACAGUUGUCGGCUGUAGGGCUUAGUCCCGUUCAGCUCUGAAGGGCUGGCUGUUUUUUGGGAACCCUCUCCAGACUUGAUCACACUACUUAACAAUACUUUCGCAGUCCUCGAUUCUUCCAAGCACAGAGAUAGGAUGAAUGGGAUAUUGUGCUGGGUCCAGAGCUGACCCAACUCUGUGCUUGUGCUAUAUAUUUAUCAGCCAUUUCGGUGUUGUUUUUUUGCCAAAGCUCUCAGGUUCUAGUUCUGUUUACCACAACUGCCCUCUCUGCUUUCUCUCAGCUAAUACACAAGAUCAUUGAUUUGGGGUAUGCCAAAGAGCUGGAUCAAGGCAGCCUUUGCACUUCCUUCGUUGGGACAUUGCAGUAUCUGGUAAGGAUUUGCAAGUGCAAAUAGCGUGCUUGCACCCAGGAGGGCACAAUUAGGCAGGAGGAGUGGAAGCAGCACAUUAAAGGCGGCAACAAAUGGAUGGGAAGCUGAGCUGUUAGGAACCAGGAAGCCAAAGCCAGUAUCCCGAAGAAGCAUUUCAAAUGAGUUGCAAAAAUGUUGCUUUCCUGGGUCCGACCAAGGGUCCAUCUGGACACUUCUAAGUGGGACAAGGGAGGUGAUGGCCUUUCAGUACUGUUUGUCCCCAGGAUCUGAUCCUUGGAGGUAUAUUGCCUCUCUAUACAUGGCAGUUCCGUUUCGCUCUCAUGGCCAGUAGCCAGUGACAGACCUUGAACCGAUAUGAACCCAUUUUUAUACUGUAAACUGCCCUGUGAUCCUUGGAUAAAGGGUGAUAUAUAAAUGUAAUUAAUAAGAAGAAGAAUAGAUUUUUUUGUGUUUUUUACAAAAAAAAUCUGUCCAAGCUAGUAUCUAUCGCCGCAUCUUGUGUUAGUGAAUUCCACAACAGAUUUACAUUGUGUCAUGGAGCCCUUCCUGUCCUUAGUCCUCAACCUGGCCAUUGCUGUUUUAAAAUUUAUUUAAAAUGCUAUUUUAAAUAAAAUCUGUCUUAAGGAAGUAGAGGGGAGGGAUCAUAUCUCAAGUUCUCUCUUGGUUCUAGGGAGCCUUUUUAGGAAGCUGGAGCUUGUGGGGUGUAGGAUUGCAUUCCACCUAGGAGUGAGUCUCAUUGGACUCAAAGGGGUUUGCUUCUGAGUAGACAGGUAAAGGGUUGCACUGCUAGCCUUUUCCUGGUUCUCAAUGUUUCAGGCCCCGGAACUUCUGGAGCAGCAGAAAUACACAGUGACUGUGGAUUACUGGAGCUUUGGCACAUUGGCCUUUGAGUGUAUCACAGGCUUCCGACCUUUUCUGCCCUCCUGGCAGCCAGUGCAAUGGUGAGUAACUCUGGCUCCAUUGUGAGGUUCUUAGGAAAUGUCCUUUUCACUUGAAAACUGAGAAUACAACGGUUAGUAUUUUUCUUGGCAGGGAGGUGAGAGGAGGAGUUAAUGCUGAUCAGGAUGAGCUGUAAGAAAUAACUUAAUAAUUUCUAUGUUGUUGUUGUUUAGUCGUUUAGUCAUGUCCGACUCUUCGUGACUCCCUGGACCAGAGCACGCCAGGCACUCCUGUCUUCCACUGCCUCCCGCAGUUUGGUCAGACUCAUGUUUGUAGUUUCGUGAACAGUGUCCAAUCAUCUCAUCCUCUGUCGUCCCCUUCUCCUUGUGCCCUCCAUCUUUCCCAACAUCAGGGACUUUUCCAGGGAGUCUUCUCUUCUCAUGAGGUGGCCAAAGUAUUGGAGCCUCAGCUUCAGGAUCUGUCCUUCCAGUGAGCACUCAGGGCUGAUUUCCUUAAGAAUGGAUACGUUUAAUGUUCUUGCAGUCCAUGGGACUCUCAAGAGUCUCCUCCAGCACCAUAAUUCAAAAGCAUCAAUUCUUCGGCGAUCAGCCUUCUUUAUGGUCCAGCUCUCACUUCCAUACAUUACUACUGGGAAAACCAUGGCUUUUACUAUACGGACCUUUGUUGGCAAGGUGAUGUCUCUGCUUUUUAAGAUGUUGUCUAGGUUUGCCAUCGCCUUUCUCCCAAGGAGCAGGCGUCUUUUAAUUUCGUGACUGCUGUCACCAUCUGCAGUGAUCAUGGAGCCCAAGAAAGUAAAAUCUCACACUGCCUCCAUUUCUUCCCCUUCUAUUUGCCAGGAGGUGAUGGGACCAGUGGCCAUGAUCUUCGUUUUUGAUGUUGAGCUUCAGACCAUAUUUUGCGCUCUCCUCUUUCACCCUCAUUAAAAGGUUCUUUAAUUCCUCCUCACUUUCUGCCAUCAAGGUUGUGUCAUCUGCAUAUCUGAGGUUGUUGAUAUUUCUUCCAGCGAUCUUAAUUCCGGCUUGGGAUUCAUCCAGCCCAGCCUUUCUCAUGAUGAAUUCUGCAUAUAAGUUAAACAAGCAGGGAGACAAUAUACAGUCUUGUUGUACUCCUUUCCCAAUUUUGAACCAAUCAGUUGUUCCAUAUCCAGUUCUAACUGUAGCUGCUUGUCCCACAUAGAGAUUUCUCAGGAGACAGAUCAGGUGAUCAGGCACUCCCAUUUCUUUAAGAACUUGCCAUAGUUUGCUGUGGUCGACACAGUCAAAGGCUUUUGCAUAGUCAAUGAAGCAGAAGUAGAUGUCUUUCUGGAACUCUCUAGCUUUCUCCAUAAUCCAGCGCAUGUUUGCAAUUUGGUCUCUGGUUCCUCUGCCCCUUCGAAAUCCAGCUUGCACUUCUGGGAGUUCUCGGUCCACAUACUGCUUGAGCCUUCCUUGUAGAAUUUUAAGCAUAACCUUGCUAGCAUGUGAAAUGAGUGCAAUUGUGCGGUAGUUUGAGCAUUCUUUGGCACUGCCCUUCUUUGGGAUUGGGAUGUAGACUGAUCUUCUCCAAUCCUCUGGCCACUGCUGAGUUUUCCAAAUUUGCUGGCGUAUUGAGUGUAGCACCUUAACAGCAUCAUCUUUUAAAAUUUUAAAUAGUUCAGCUGGAAUAUCAUCACUUCCACUGGCCUUGUUAUUAGCAGUGCUUUCUAAGGCCCAUUUGACUUCACUCUCCAGGAUGUCUGGCUCAAGGUCAGCAACCACACUACCUGGGGGAUACGAGACAUCCAUUUCUUUCUGGUAUAGUUCCUCUGUGUAUUCUUGUCACCUCUUCUUGAUGUCUUCUGCUUCUGUUAGGUCCUUUCCACUUUUGUCUUUUUUUAUGGCAAUCUUUGUAUGAAAUGUUCCUUUCAUAUCUCCAAUUUUCUUGACCAGAUCUCUGGUUUUUCCCAUUCUAUUGUUUUCCUCUAUUUCUUUGCAUUGCUCGUUUAAGAAAGCCUUCUUGUCUCUCCUUGCUAUUUUUUGGAAAUCUGCAUUCAAUUUCCUGUAUCUUUCACUAUCUCCCUUGCAUUUUGCUUGCCUUCUCUCCCCCGCUAUUUGUAAGGCCUCGUUGGACAGCCACUUUGCUUUCUUGCAUUUCCUUUUAAUUGGGAUGGUUUUAGUUGCUGCCUCCUGUAUAAUGUUAUGAGCCUCCAUCCAUAGUUCUUCAGGCACUCUGUCCACCAAAUCUAAAUCCUUAAACCUGUUCCUCACUUCCACUGCGUAUUCAUAAGGGAUUUGAUUUAGAUUGUAUCUUACCGGCCCAGUGGUUUUUCCUACUUUCUUCAGUUUAAGCUUGAAUUUUGCAAUAAGAAGCUGAUCAUCUGAGCCACAGUCAGCUCCAGGUCUUGUUUUUGCUGACUGUAUAGAGCUUCUCCAUCUUUGGCUGCAGAGAAUAUAGUCAAUCUGAUUUCGAUGCUGCCCAUCUGGUGAUGUCCAUGUGUAGGGUCGUUUCUUGUGUUGUUGGAAAAGAGUGUUUGUGAUGACCAGCUUGUUCUCUUGGCAGAACUCUAUUAGCCUUUGCCCUGCUUCGUUUUGAACUCCAAAGCCAAACUUGCCAGUUGUUCCUUUUAUCUCUUGACUCCCUGCUUUAGCAUUCCAAUCCCCUAUAAUGAGAAGAACAUCCUUCUUUGGUGUCAUUUCUAGAAGGUGUUGUAAGUCUUCAUAGAAUUGGUCAAUUUCAGUUUCUUCAGCACCAGUAGUUGGUGCAUAAACUUGGAUUACUGUGAUGUUAAAAGGUCUGCCUUGGAUUCGUAUCGAGAUCAUUCUAUCAUUUUUGAGAUUGCAUCCCAGUACAGCUUUUGCCAUUCUUUUGUUGACUAUGAGGGCCACUCCAUUUCUUUUAUGGGAUUCUUGCCCACAGUAGUAGCUAUGAUGGUCAUCCGAACUGAAUUCACCCAUUCCCGUCCAUUUUAGUUCACUGAUGCCCAGGAUGUCAAUAUUUAUUCUUGCCAUCUCAUUUUUGACCACAUCCAACUUACCCAGGUUCAUGGUUCUUACAUUCCAGGUUCCUAUGCAGUAUUUUUCUUUACAGCAUUGGACUUUCCUUUCGCUUCCAGGCAUAUCCGUAACUGAGCGUCCUUUCGGCUUUGGCCCAGCCGCUUCAUCAGCUCUGAAUCUACUUGUACUUGUCCUCCGCUCUUCCUCAGUAGCAUGUUGGACGCCUUCCGACCUGAGGGGCUCAUCUUCCAGCGUCAUAUCUUUUAUAUGCCUGUUGUCUUUGUCCAUGGAGUUUUCUUGGCAGGGAUACUGGAUUGGCUUGCCGGUUCCUGCUCCAGGUGGAUCACGUUUGGUCAAAACUCUCCACUAUGACCUGUCCAUCUUGGGUGGCCCUGCACGGCAUAGCUCAUAGCUUCUCUGAGUUAUUCAAGCCCCUUCGCCACGGCAAGGCAGUGAUCCAUGAAGGGGAAUAAUUUCUAUAGCUGUGUAUAAAAAGAGGCACGUUUUGCAUCUGAGAGGUGAGCCUGGCUCCAGCUUCAAAUAACAUGUCUUGGCAGCAACCAAGAUUUCCUCACCUGUCUCUGGUGGAUGUCUUCUUUCUUCUUGCCAUACUGGUUUUAUUCACUAUUACAUUUGCGACUUCUGAUUUAAACUGUGGCCCUCCAGGUGCCAUUGGAGGCAGGAGCUGGUGGGAGUUAUAGUUCAACAGCACCUGGAGGACCACGGGUUCCCCAUCCAUGGUUUAAAUGUAUAAUUGUACAAUCAUAUGGUGUCUGAUUAAAAACAAAACAAAAUCCGAACAGUCUUAGUUUUUUAAGCUGAAAAUCUACUCCAGAGGCUGGAGAGAAGGGUGCUCAUUAUGUCGCAGGUGGCAAGCCAGGUGGUCUUCUUCACAGCACCAUCGGCUUCAGACGGAGAGAACCUUUCCUCCAGUUCUUAGACACAGUCCUCAGAGACAAUUCUCUGUGUGGUAAUGAGUGUGAUUAGAUGUAUUUAUUUCAUUAACGCACCGACUGUUUGAUUGUAACAAAACCUCGAAGUGGUUUCCAAAAAUAAAACAUCGCAAUUGUCAAUAAAAGACCGCUGAAAAUAGAUAUUUAGAAAACAUUCAGAACUACUGAAAAUCAACAGUAAGCUAAAAACAGAUUAAAACGCAUGUAGCUUUUACGUGUCUGGGUGGCUUGAUGAAAAAAAUGUUUGAAGCAGGUGCUGGAAGAAGUGCAGUGAAGACACCUGCCUGGUGCCAGGAGGCAGGGAGCGGCAGACUCUCAAGUGCUGCCACACAAAAAUGCGGAAUGGAUAUUAUUUGGUAGCUGCAGCAGUGCUAGUUCUGCAGAUCAGAGCAGUCAAGUGGGCACAUGAAGGGUCAGGCGAUCCCACGAGUAAACGGGUGCCGAGCUGUUAAGGGCUUUAUAUUCUAAGAGUGACACAUUGAACUUGGCCCAGUAGCAAAUGGGCACUGAGCAGAGCUGUACUAUUUUGACAAGGCCUCGUUCCUGUCAACAAUUGUGCCUCAGCAUUCUGAAAUAAUUGCAGCUUCCUCAUCACCACAUAGAGUGCCCUGUAGUGAUCCAAUCUGGAAGACACCACUGCUUGGACUUCUGGGGUCAAGGUAUGGCUUAGCGUGACCAGAAAGGGCUUGGGGAGCUCUGGGCUCUUCCUCUGGAGUGGCCACAAGGGGCAGUCUGAAAGCUUCUGCUUCCAUUUUAGCUUCACCACAGCUUGCCUUUUCUUCCAGGCAAAUUGGUUAAUGUUUUGUAUGGCUGGUUGAGGUAAGCCAUCCUCAUAAACUCUGGUUUGAUGUUGGCAUGUUUCAGUUAACCAGUUUGUGUGGGUUUGGAUGACACUGCAAGCUGUGAUUAAUUUAAAAUGGAAUCAAAAGCUCCUAAAUUCUUCCUCUGCUGUAGCAAAAGGCCUUGGUGCAGUUGUAAGGGUAAGCUAAAGUCUGAACCAGCCCAAUGUGUGCUUCUUCUUAGGCAUGCAAAAGUCCGGCAGAAAAGUGAGCUGGAUAUUGUUGUCUAUGAAGACUUGUCGGGAGAAGUGAAAUUUUCUAGCAAGCUGCCACACCCCAACAAUCUGAACUGGUAAGGAACGACUGACACCUCAAGGAAAACUCGGUUGCCCAUUUUGCAGGCUGGCUGGGACUUUCCUUGUUUCUGGUUCUGCAACUCUCAAAUCACAGUUAUGAACUGACAGCAAUUUAUGCAAAUGAGUUGUUGUUAAGAAACUUCCACUGCUUAUUUUAUGACUGGUCAACCAGGACUUGAGGAAUGUAUUUAGAGUCAAAAAAGGCGAAUGCUAUUCUAUACAGAAGUAUGGUGUCCAGAUCAAGGGAAGUAAUAGUCCCACUUGUCCACACCUGGAAUACUGUGUCCAAUUCUGGGCACCACAAUUUAAGAAGGAUGUUGACAAGCUGGAACAUGUGCAGAGGAAGGUGACCAAGAUGAUCCAGGGUCUGGAAACCAAGCCUUAUGAAGAACGGUUGAAGGAGCUGGGUAUGUUCAGCCUGAAAAAGAGGAGACUGAGAGGAGAUAUGAUAGGAAGAAGAGUUGGCUUAUUUAUUGUCGUUCAGUCUUGCCCUCCCUCUAAGAGGCUCAGAGUGAGGUUCUGUUCCCUGUGGGGCAAGUUAGGUGAGUGAAUGUUUUGUCCAAGGCCAUCCAUUGAGUCUUGUAGCUAAGCAGAGGUUUUAACUUGGGUUUUCCUUGCUCCGAACCCCACAUCUACCAUAUUUUUCGCCCUAUAGGACUCACUGGCCCAUAGGACGCACUUAUUUUUUUUUGGCGGGGGGGGAAAUAAAGGGGGGGGGAAAUUAUUCCCCCCCCCAGCCCCAAAGAGCAAAGAAGCCAUGACAGCGAGCGGGAUGGAUCCCGCUCGCUUUCCUGGCUUCAUUCCCCCGACCCCAGCCCCCAAAACGGGUCCAAGAGCGAUGGCGAAGCUGCACGCAGCUUCGCCAUCGCUCCCGGAGCUUGCCGGGUUGGGGGGAUAGCUUCCUGAAGCCUGGAGAGUGAGAGGGGUCAGUGCGCACUGACCCCUCUCGCUCUCCAGGCUUCAGCAAAAGCCUGCAUUCGCCCCAUAGGAUGCACACACAUUUCCCCUUCAUUUUUGGAGGGGAAAAAGUGCGUCCUAUAGGGCGAAAAAUACGGUAGCAAUUUAUGCAGCAACCAACAACAAUUAUAAUUAAAACAUACCACCAUCAAUGCAUACUUUCAUUUUUUGAAUAACAUUUGUAGGGGGAAAGGAUCCCUGCCCCAAAAAGCUUACUAGUUAAUUUGAGGGAAUUGGGGAGGCGGGAGUCACAUGGGAUCCAUCCUGUUGUUAAGGGUCCCAUGAAUGGAAGCCCUGGAGAGAGAAUAGCAAGUCUGCAGAAUAUGUUAUGUCUCUUAAACAUAACUUUUAGGACUCUUCUCUGCAGAAAAGAUGUUUGACUCAUCCCCCUGCAGCCCACCUCAGCAUUUUCUUCAUUCCAGUGCUUUCUUUUUCCUGCUUUCCUUCAGUGUUUUGGCUGAGCGGCUGGAGAAAUGGCUGCAGCUGAUGCUCCAAUGGCAUGCGCGGCAGAGAGGCACUGACCCCACAUAUGGCCCCAAUGGUUGUUUCAAGGCUUUGGAUGAUAUAUUGAAUUUAAAAGUAAGUGUUAUUAAUGGGGGGGUGCCUGUAGAUUUCGCUUUAUUUCCUUUAGAUGUGACAUUGCAGAAAAUAGGGAAUAAUCUAAAGUGGUUUAUUGGAGCAGUUGUGGUACAGAAACUUCUCUUGCUGCAAAAUGGGCACCAGGAGUUCUGGACACAUGGCACCACUUUCGUGCCAGUUGCAGUGGCUGUUGCUGCACUCCCAAUUUGAAGAGCUGAUGUUAACAUUUAAGGCCAUAAAUGGUUUGGAGCUGAAUUACUGAAAGAAUUUCCACUCCUAUAAAACCCCAUAAUCAAAGUCUAUGCUUGAGGUCCUUCUUGUGUGUCUGCUGGUGAAAUCGAUUUGGCUGGUUGGUGAGCACCCAAGACAAGGUCAUGGCCUUGCAGAAUUUAUUCCACUUAAUAUUCAUUUUGCUCCUUCAGUGUUGGCAUUCAGGGAGGCCCUAAAAGCUUUUCGUUUUACUCUUGCCUUUCCUUCACAAAAUUUUGGUGAUUCAGUUUCCCUCAUGCCUUAUUUUUGUCUGUAUCCAUUCAGUGUUUCAAAUUCCGCCUGAAGCUCUAUUAUUAUCUACGUCACUUGGUGUGAGCUUGAUACAGUAUAUAGCGUACUAUAUAAUUGCUCAAAUAAAUUAUAUGUGUACGCAUUUUCUGUUUUUCUGAAAGGUAAUGAUAUUUUUAUUUACUCAGUGCCACCAAUUAGCUAAACUGACAAGUUUUUAUUAACUUUUAAAAAUUUAUUUGUUGAGAGAGUUGCAUUACUGUAUUCAGUAUAUUAUAUUACAGAGUAAUGUAUCAAAUAUUAGGUUUGUUUUUGUUUUUACUGUGCAAUACGUUUAUCAGAGAUUUUCUUUGGAAAGAGGCAUGACAAAUAUUUAAAUAUAGAUAAGUAUGAAAACAUUUUAGUGGCAGUUUCACAGCUUUGCUGAAGUAGGUUUGAAAUUUCCCUAUAAGCCACUUAGUGUCCAAAGAUACAUUUAGUUUUCUGGCUGAUGCAGAGAAAGGGAGAGAAACUAGUCAUGUAGAUUACUAUAUGGUGCUGUGCUCCAUCUGGCUGCACCGCCUCAGAAUGCAGGUGGGAAAUGGCUUGUUUGGGCCAAAAAAAUUCCCUAUGCAUGGAGUCCCAGAAUCUGAAUUGCUUUGAAGCAGAAUUUACCCCUGCCGAUUAUCCUUUCUUUUACUCUGGCAGAGAGGGUGGUUUUGCUCUUGGUGGCCUUUAUUUCUGGACAAAUUCUCAAACUGGAGCAAGUUGGGAUGUGUCCUGUACUGGUUCCAGAUUCUCUCUGUUUUGGGGGUUUUUUUCUUUUGCAGCUGGUGCAGAUCCUAGACAUGGUAACGGGUACUGUGCACGUGUAUCCUCUGGCAGAGGACGAGACCUUGCAGAGUGUGAAAGCCAAGAUCCAGGCAGAUACUGGCAUCCCAGAGCAGGAGCAGGAGCUCCUUCAGGAAGGAGGGUUGGCAUUAUUUUCUGAGAAACCAGCCACUCAGUAUCUGGCUGACAUCAAGGUGUGUCCAAUAACAUUUUCACCCAUGGGUACCAAAUUAGCUCCUGUUGCUUUUGGAAUACUCCCAGCUAGUGAAAUUUCAAUUUUGUCCUUUACCUUAACUACAAAGCCUUGGAAGGAAUUGCCAUUGUUUUAAAGGGAUGGGGAGUGCAGAAGCAGGGAAAUGGAGUCCCCUUUUUGUGGGAGAUGGUUUGGUUAAAAGUAAAUUUGUGAGCAAAGGGAACCACUCAAGGAAAGAUAACAAGGGAAACCGAAGAGGCUUGAGGGAUGAGGAACAGGACUUGUGUAGCAAUGAAUGAGGUACUAAUUUUCUCAUUGUAUUAAAAACACUGCAUCUUUUCCCUACAUAAUGUUAUUUCUUUCAGAUAGAACACUUGGGAGAAUGACUUUGAGUGACUCCUUUGGAGAACUAGCUAUUAAUAUCCUAUUUCUGUUGGCCGUUCUUAGUCCUUUGGAUAGGGCAUGAUUGUAGGUGUUUCCAAGUAAUAGGCCCCACAAUAAGGGAUUCGUGCUUCUUUUCCUUGCAGCUAAAUGAUGCCACAGUUGCUGACACAGGCCUCUUCUUCCUGUUCGACAACCGAAAAGUUACAUACAGGCCUCAGAUCUCUCCCCGACCUCAUCCAGAAAGCAUUAACAGUAUUCGUAAGAACCUUUUCUGUGUUUUGGUGCUACUUGGGGGGGGGGGGGACAAUUAAUUGUUUUCAGGUGAAUAUAUAGUGAGGAAUACUUGCUGCCUUUGUGACUGAUUGGAAAUAUAUGUGUGCUCUGUGCUUACAAAAAUAAUAAUCCAAAUUCUGCUUCAAGAAACAUGUAACAUGUACAAAUUAAGCACCUUGUUUUAUUUGCUAUAUUUAUAAAAAGCUGCCCAAUAUAUCAUUCUCUAUUCUGGUUACAACAUAAAAUGAUAAAAUACAGUUGAAAAUGAAGUAUCAUAAAAUAACCAUUUAUGGCAUAAAAACUUCCAGCAUAUAGUUUUAUAUUUCCUUACCUGGCAUGACUGAGGAGGGGCAGUGAGCACUCCUCCAGCCACUAGAAGUCCUCAUACAGCUGAGGUCUUCUCUGGCUGGUGAGAUUCUUCCUGGUUUUGCCUACACACUUUCAAGCUUAUCUCUGCAACCGUAUGGGCUAGGAACAUACUUAAUUUUUUUUUUUUUAAGAACUCAGGACACCAUACUAUGACAAUUCAGGUUUCUGUACAUACAUGAAUUUCAGAAUACAUACCACACUGAACACAAGGUGACACGGUGGCAGCCUCUAGAUGUGUCAUUCCACAAUUUCUGUAUUACACGCUUUUCAUCAUAGGAAAUAUAUUUUUAUAUAUUUUCUUGGCUACCUGGUGAGUUAGUUUAGCCUAAGGAGGAUUGGCUUGCCCAAAGCCACCAAUGAUCUUCCUGGCUAAGGGGGAAUUUGAAGCUGAGUCUUUCACUCCCCAAGCCAAGGAGUGAUUUUUUCUAAAGUGCACAGACCCAUGACGGAUGUGAGCCCCAAGCUCAGCUUGGUUUUUUGAAACAUCGUUUAUAUUGAUCAGUAAGACUGAGAUAACAAAUUAAUUCAGCCCCUGAUGUUUUUACUGCAGAAGUUGGAAUGAACUGAAAGAGUCAGGAAAUGCUGGCAAGAUAAGGAGCUUUUGGAAUUCCUUGCCUGUGUAGACAAAGUUAGUUACCAUAUCUCAAAACCUAAUGGACACUUGUAAGUUGUGUGAUGACAGGCAGGUGGACUGUGUAACACACAGACUACGGAUGGUCUCUCAUUCAUUGGUUGUGUCUGCAUCUCCUGGGAGAUGAGCCAACAGGUGGGUAUUUUUGCCACUGAUGUCUGUGGCAGCGGUAGAACCCACGCCUAUGAUUGACUAGAUUAAUUAUUCGGUUCACCAUGCAGGCAGGGGCUGAAAGAGACAAGUCAGGGAGUAGUUUUGGCUUACUGGUUGCAGAACUGAGGAUUUGACUUGACUCCUGAGAGAGUUUUUUGUAGCAUCCAGCUAAUUAAGAGACCAGUCUAGUCCUGGGAUAGCCUGAAAAAGUCCAGACAUAUUCUAAUUUUGUAGAAACCAGCACUUGGCAUGUAAAGCAUACAAAAUCCUAAUUGUGGGUUUGGGUUUCCCCACUUGUGUCCCUCUUCCCUGUCCAUCCUUCUCUUCUUUCUUCUGCAGUUCAGGAUCCAAAGAAGAACCUCUCCUUCCUCCAACUGCGCAAAGUGUGGGGGCAGGUCUGGCAUACCAUCCGAAGACUGAAUGAGGACUUCCACCAGCUCCAGCACGGGCAGCGGGCAGCCAUGUGCGUGAUGGGAUCCUGCUACCUUUGGGGCUGCCAGUUCUGUCCACUGGGCUCAGACCUCGCUGGCCUGUUCUAUGAGCAGCCUAAGUGAAGUCUGCACCACAAAGGAAAUGUUCCCUGUUCUUUGCCCAGAGACGCUUCAGUUCCAAAGCCUUAAACAUUUUUGCAAGUUUGCAUUAUAUUUAUUUGGCCAAUUGAUUUUUCUUAUGCUAGCCCAGGGUGAGAGGGUGCAGAGAGUCUGGGGCUAUGGCUGGAAGGCCUGCCUUCUGAAACCUCAAGAGGGCUCCCAGGUGUUGUUCUGCUUAUGCUUGUAGUUCUUGGGGCUGGAAGCCUUGCUUUAAAAAGGAAAGGAGAAACACGGAAAUUACCAAGGGGCUAAUUUUUUGCCCUCAGUAACCACAUUUGUGUACCCCAGCUGUGUGGAUUGCAUGCCACUCUAAAUACAGGUUAUAUGAAAUAGGCUCCUGCUUGGCUCCUCUUUGGCUUUUUCUGUGCCAAGGUUUUAUUGACCAAGGCUUUUUGCAUUUUUAGUUUAAUCCGGACUGUAGAUGUUUGAUGCUGUCUCUAUUGUUGUUUUUUUCUUGGCUGGUUUUUUAUUGCUUUUUGUUGGUUUAUAUUAUUAUACGCUGCAGUGUUAGCAAGCCACCCCAGGAAUAUUUAUAGACAGACAGUCAUAUAAAUUUACAAUACUGUCUUUGAGACUGAGACAGAACUACUGGUUAAAAGGUGCGCCAUGUCAUUGUGCUGACGCUGGGUGGGGAUGAUGGCUGUGGAGCAGACAAGGUCUGGUCAGCUGGGCCUCCAAGGGGGCAACUCUUUCUCUCUCUUUCUGCCUGCUUUGUAGGAGGAACCUUCUGCGCCACAACAGCACCCUUUCCAAGAUGAAGAACACAAUGGCCUCCCUAUCGCAGCAGCUGAAGGCAAAGCUGGACUUCUUCAAAGCCAGUAUCCAGAUUGACUUGGAGAAGUACAAUGAGCAAACUGAAUUUGGAAUCAGUGAGUUUGGCUGUUUUUAAUGAUAGGAAAGCAGUUGCUAGGACAGAUCUCUUCCCUGGGUUUUGUUUGCCUUGAUGCCAGGUCAUGCUCCCUACAGUAUCACAUUUUGCGCUUCUUCCUCGACUGGACCAUCAGAGACUGCUAAGAAAUGAUAGCAAGUCUGAAUCCUUCCCCAGGCCAGAAAGCAUGGGCUGGGUGACAGCAGGUUAGGCUAAACUUCUCCUUCUUCAUCUGCCAGGAUAUUUUUGUGCAGGAGGGAGAGAGAAUUUAAACAACAGAAUUUUAAUAGUGCUUAUUUGCUUUAUAUGCUUAAGAAAUUAUGUUUAUCUUCUUGUCUGUAUUAUUGCAUAGCUUGGCGUUGGUUGAGGAAAGCGGUUCCUGGCCUGCUCUCCACCCCCCACCCCCGCAUUCCCUGCAGUGACAGGAGUUGUGCCCCAUGUGCUCCCACCCCAUUUUCAAUGUCUGAUGAGAAUCUGAAUACUCCUGGGCAGCUCCCUGCUUUCACAAGCUUUUCUUUUGUCUGUGGUGCCUCAAAGGCUUCCUGCUGACUUCUAGGACGGCCUUUGAUCUUGGACUUCCCACCUUUAUUAUAUUGCAUGUCAGAGCUCUCUAAUCACCUCCUCCUCAGUGUGAACAGCAACAGACCCCUUCAGUCCUAGCUCAGUUUAGAAAAGGGUUCCUGUAAAAAUGAGUUGUUCUGCAAUGUAGUGCCUCUUUUCAGUAAACCAUGUCUUGCAUCAGCCCUGCCCUAAAUUCCCAUAUUCCCCCAUCAGACUUGGUUUUCACCAGCCACAGCAUCUAAUGUUUAUGGUGACUCCUUGAGAAGGCUCAAAGGGAUACUUUUGCUGAUCUAGGAAGGGUCUCUUGAAAACCAGAGCUCUUUUCUUUUUACAGCUUCUGAGAAACUGCUGCUUGCAUGGAAGGAAAUGGAGCAGACUGUGGAGCUCUGUGGGCGGGUAGGCUUGGACUUUUUUAUCUUUUGUUUUGCUUGGAUGAGUGUUUUGCCUUGCUCUCUUACAGGAUGCUUAGAGUUACCAGGCCAUAACCUGUAAGGUGGCUGGGAUCAAUUUCUUGACAAUCCUGUCUUAAUUGUUGGACUUUGGGAAGCGUUAAUGGACGAGGAAUAAACCCAAGAUGUUCCUUGUUUCUUUCAGAGCUUGUGGGCAAGUGGUAGAAAAUUAGCUGGAGAUUAACAGAGUUGUGUGGUCACAGGAGGAGAAAGGAUAAGAGGACCCAGUAACAAUAAACAAUAACAAGUACUUGAGAGCAGAGGUGGGCAGAGGCUAGAUCUCUAUGAGUGAUUUGCAGUAAACCAGAACGCAUUUCCGACUCUCAGUUGCUUAACCAUGGCAGCAGCAAAAUGACUCUCCCCUACCUGUCCUAAAUUAUACUGCUGAAAUGAAAAUCUUUUGAGGCAAGCAGCUUUGAUAUGAAAAUAGCUUGGGGAGGGGCUGGAGCUCAAUGGUAGAGGAUCUCUUUUGUAUGCCAAAGGUUCAGAUUCAAUCUCGAAUAGCAUCUCUGGCUAGGGCUGGCAGAGAACCCUGUCACAAACCCUCAAGAGUCACUGCCAUCCACAGUGUAGAUAGCAGGCAGUAUAGACUGUGAGCUCCAUCCUGUUCUGGAACAUACAGUAAAUUCCUGAGCUCAGAAUUCUCUUCAUUGUGCAUCUUUUGCAUCAGGUUCUGGUUGGUGGAUCUUGAUGUUCUAGUAACAAGCAAAGUGGAUCCCCAAGCCUGAUGUCUCCCCACCCCUGCUUUAAAGUGUUCCAAGUAUCUUUAAAAAACCUUGUCUUGGUGAUCCUUGUACCAGCCCUGUAAGACCUGGUAUUGCAUAUGGUAUUGCACCCAUAUGUUUGAUGGAGAGCUGAAGCUGAGAGUGAGGGCUUACCAAAGGCCACUGACGAGGACUGUGUUACAAGUGACUUAACAGGGAAAGCAAUGAAUAAACUGUGAUAACUAUCUGUUAAAAAAUGAGCAAUAUAAAAAUGUAACUCUUUCAGCCAAACCACUUAAAAUAAUCAUUAGAACUAGUUCAGUCACAUCCCCCAAGCUGCUGAAGUUUGGCUAGGUCUUUUUAUGGGCCAUUGUGAUGGUUGUGAUAUGUUCUUUUUGGCUCUUUUUUGGUAAGGUAUUUAGAGAGACUUUUGAAACAAACAGCUAAGUCCAAAUAAUAAUCACAAUCACAAUCACAAUCACAAUUAAAACUGAUCUGGCGAAAAAGAUACCCAACAGCAAUAAGACAAACAACAUUCCGGAUCAUGAGCCUGGCAUCUUAAAGAUGUUAAUGUGGAGGCCAGAUGAGCCUCUUUGCAGAGGGCAAGCCAUAAGAGGAAGGCCAGAAUGCAAAUUUCCUUCUUGUCAGCACCUGCUGUGCUUUUGCAAGAGGAGCACACAGGUGAGAAGUGCUAGGUUUAGGUACUAGAAUUAUGCCAACACCAUUGUCUGUCUUGCUGGCUUCAGAGGUAGAACUUCAAGUAUUGUCAAAAGGCUCUGAAAAUUAUACCUUCCAGUGUGUUGGCCAAAAGCUAACAGUGUGGCAACAAAACAUCUGUAUAUUUGUUUGUUUCACUUGGUUGGUUGGCUUUGAAAUUUGUUUCCCCUGGAUGGAUCUUAGGCAGCCUUCACUAACCUGGCACCCUCCAGAUGUUUUGGACUACAAUUCCCAUCAACCCCCAAUAGCAUGGCUGUCGUGGAGGGUGCCAGAUCAGUGAAGGCUGCUCUUGAGGAGUCAGCAGGUGGGCUCAAUACUGCAAGCCCCUCACAACACCAGCUCUGGCUGUGAAUUUUGAGUCAAUGGCAGAAGGCAGAGCGCAGGUGCCUGGUAUUAAAGGGGCAUUUCCUCCAGCCUCCUUGGGCAUGAUACCACUGGCUCAUUGCUAGCCUGGGAUUGUUUAAGACUGGCUGGAAAGAAUUGGGUUACCUGCAGCCUAAGCUACUGGAAAUAAUGUCUUGCAACAUGACCAAACCAUUCCUGGUUUGCUGUCCUUUCCUUGUCCCCUCCUCUGCCUCCCAAGGAGGAGGAAGUUGAGCAGCUGGUGAAGAAGACGAUGGCCCUACAGACAGACAUUGUGGACCUGCAGAGAAUCCCACAGGGCCCGAAACAAGGGAGCUCUCUGGAUGCCCUGUAAGUAGUUGCUUGUAGUGCCUUUGGUUGUUUUAGCCCUUUCCUAAAUACCAUUUUCUCCAGUAUCCAUCAUCCUGGGGCAGCAUAAAAUCACCUCCUUCGUUUGAUAGACAUGUACCCUGGGAAGAGGUCAGAUACGCAUGUGUAACACGUCAAACAUGAUAGCUUUUAUUUGGGUUUCCCUAUAUUUAAAGAACAGCAUAGGAAACUUAGAAAGUUUGGCACACCUAAGUCACGGAAUCCAGUGGCACAGCACUUACAUAUACCUAUUUAAAAAAAUGAUUUUUAGUUUUUUUGGUGCUUACCUUUCUCUAGGUUGCACUUAUAGCCAACCCGGCCAGAUCUGAUCCAGCCCCACAAUCAAAUGUUUAUGCCCCCUGCCCAUCAAGACUCCACCAAUUUUGUCGGUGGUGGCAGAAAAGAAAAAAUUAAGGUACACACCAUGCUGGAGUGGGUGGCACGGCUUAAACCUCUCUGCGCUGCCCAGGCCCCAGUAGCCUGAUGACUAUGGGAGGCACAUUGCCCCUUCCACAGCCAUCAGAGCAGCCAUUUGAUGAGCUGGGAGGGGCCAUCACUUUCGCCUCCUCAUCUGAUCCGCAGGGAUCAGCAGAUUUUUUUGGGGGGGGGUUGUGUGCCCUACAAAUGCGGGUGGUGCCCACACCUACUGCUGUCAUGCGGUCCAAAGGAGGUUAUCCACGCCAACAUGCAACAUAGCCAGGUUGAAAAGGCUGGUGCAACUUAUCCAAAUCUGGAAGGCAACAGGCUGGGGGAGGCUAAUCUAAUCUCUCUCCCUCCAUUGUAUACAUUCAGCAGAGUCUCACCUGAACUCUGCCCAUUUCAGGCUGCAGAUAGGUUAAAGCUCCAUGCACCAAAAAACCAGCAACAGCUUAUCAUGAAGAAGACUGGCCAGAACUUUUCUUCUUGCCUAGUCUUUCUAGUUACAUGUGUGCAGGGGGAGCAAUCAAAGAGCAUCCUCCUGGUCACUUGGAGUGGCAAUGUUAAGGGAUAGGUUUUCCACUUUAUUCUAAGAAAUGUAUAGCUGAACCUUGUGCUGGCUAAGGAAAUUUGCAUUUUAGAUUAAGAAUCUUCUGGGUCUUGUUAAUCUUUAGGAUUUAAUCCUUGGGAUUAAAUCUAAACUGGCAAAUGAACAGCAGAUCUGUAUUUACUCCACUGAGAGGCUGCAAGAUCAUAUGGCACAGAAUUUGAGUUGCUCCUUGCUCCCCCCUCCAUCUCCAUACUGAAGAGUGCCAUUGUCAAUAAGAGAGGAGUACUAGAAAAGGGGGCAGGAGAGGCACUGAGGAAAAUCAUGUCAAAAGAAAGGCUGAUGUAGUUAUGUUGUUAGUAUUCUGUUUGUUCUUUUACGUUGUUAUUAAAUGAUGUUUUUAUAGUAAUUUUAUUUUGUAAAUAAUUUAAAUAAGUGGAGCAUUGAACUGUAGCCAAAUGGGAUUUACGGGAGAGAAGGGCAAGCUGUACAGGGGCUUUGCUCGAAGUUACCAUUGCAACUUAAAAGUGCUUUACCAAUUGUAAUGUGUGUAAGUCCCUAGGAUUCUCACUUCUUACAGAAGGGUAACAGGCUAAGAGAGCAAUUUUUGCCCAAAGCCACGCAGAAGGUGUUGAACCAUGCUGAGCACCCAGUUGGUCUGAACAUGGCGUUGGGUGGGGUGGGCUUGCUUCUACACUCACGACCGCUGGAGAAAAUUUGUCUUUCCUGUUUCUUUUAUAGAGAGGGACAAGCAAAGGACUUGUACCAGAGACUGAGAGAAAAGCCAAGAGGUAAAAAAAGCCUUUGUAGCAUAGGAAUCUUGUUGCCGCAUGAUCUGUUCCAAAGGAAACUGACUACAGCUGGGGACAGGAGAGCACUGCUUUCUCAUCUCACCAUUUCCCCAACCUUGUGCUCCUUGACAGUGCUGUGGAGAUGCAUGUUUACAAUCCCCGUUCUUUUAGCAUCAACAUCCCCCACCUGUCUCCUUUGAGACUUCUGUAGUACAAAACACAACACAGAAUAGUGUGUUACUAAUAAUGAGAAGAUUGUUACCCCUUAACAUGCUUUUGCCCCACUUUUUUGUGGACAUGGUGAGGGAUGAAUACUAAAGAGCAGUGACUUGCGUUCUGGCAACCACUUCAAUAGCAUUUGGUAUUCCAUUCACAUUUCACUCUGCUGAACUAGCUGUUACCAGUUGGCUCCAAGUUUUACUGAGCAAUGUUGAAGAAUGCCGCCAAAUAUAGAGCGGUGAUUUUAAUCUGCAUUAGUGGCAGUGAUGGCAAAUCCAGAGAGGGGUAUUAAUUUAUACCGGAAUAGAUCCAAUCUUGCUGAAGCUGUUCAAGGGUUUUAAUUCUUUUGCCUGUUGCCCAACAGUCACAGCAAUGGGGGCUGUUUCCUUUCUUAUGUCUUUGAGGAGCUUUCUCGCCCCUGCCCCCACCCUCUGCCUAACAUGCCACUUGAUUCUGCACACUUUUUGUCUAGACCAAAGGACUAGCGGAGACAGCCAAGAAGUCGUGAGGCUACUUCUGCAAGCAAUCCAGACCUUUGAAAAGAAAGUCGGCCUCCUUUAUGCUCAGCUCAGGUAGGACACCCAAAGACCCACUGUAGUGAGGUUGUCCUGGUUACUGGGAAUAAAGUUGAAGUGGGGGAAUACUGUUUAGUGGAACUCUGCCAUUGUCCCACACCUCUCAGAGUUCUCUGUCUCUCCCCCCCUCCUUGUGCUAGUAGAGCUGAUGACACGUGAUUAGAAGGCUAUCUCUUCUUUACAGUAAAACAGUUGUCUGCAAGCAAAAGGCACUGGAGUUAUUUCCUAAAGUGGAUGAGGUGAUGAGCCUGAUGAAUGAGGAUGAGAAAAUGGUUGUUGAGCUUCAGGAUAAACGGCAGAAAGAGCUGUGGAACCUGUUAAAAAUUGCCUGUGUGAGUAAAGUGGAAGAUAUUUUUCUGGUUAGGAACAUCAGAUUCUUCUCCAUCUGGCGAAGAUCAAGUAGAAUUAACUGUGCCCACGGCUCCCUCCCAACUCUCAAAAUCUUCUGAGAACCCUUUCCCCAUCAUCUUGCCUGCUAAGAAACCAGUGGGCUUCACAAGUUCUGAGGGCUCUAGGCCAGACUUGUUGGGCCUCACGUUAACUGAGUGUAUAACCCUGGAGCAUGCCCCAUCCUUUCCUGUUGCUUCCCCCUGCAUUGUGAACUUUGUAUUACUGAUAUUCUUCAGGGAUCCUGACAGCUGUUUGGAAAUUACUGGCAGCAAUGCCUUUAAAUGAAAAUAGUGUAUUUCUUCAUAUUGCAUGUAGAAAGCUUGAUCUGUGUUCUUCCUCUCCUGCAGAGCAAGGUGCGUGGGCCUGUCAGUGGGAGCCCAGACAGCAUAAGCGCAUCACGCCUUAGUAAUCCUGGUCAACUCUCAUUGCAGGUUCCAGCCCUGCACAGUAAUUUACAGGAUCCUGGGAUUAAAAGGUAAUAUUUAAGGCAAUGGUUUGCUCUCAUAGCUAUUGGUUACCUCUGCACUGGUCUUCAGCAGGUGGUUUGGGACCACUUGUGUGUCACGGCCUGAUCCAGAAUGCGGCAGCUAGACUGGUGACUGGGAGCAGCCACCGAGACCACAUAACACCAGUCUUGAAAGACCUACAUUGGCUCGGAAACAGCAUGUUUCCGAGGACAAUUCAAAGUGUUGGUGCUGACCUUUAAAGCCCUAAACGGCCUCGGCCCUGUAUACCUGAAGGAGUGUCUCCACCCCCAUCGUUCCGCCCAGACACUGAGGUCCAGCGCCGAGGGCCUUCUGGCGGUUCCCUUGCUGCGAGAAGCUAAGCUACAGGGAACCAGGCAGAGGGCCUUCUCAGUGGUGGCUCCCGCCCUGUGGAACGCCCUCCCACCAAAUGUCAAAGAGAAAAACAACUACCAGACUUUUAGAAGACAUCUGAAGGUAGCUCUGUUUAGGGAAGCUUUUAAUGUUUAAUAGACUAUUGUAUUUUAAUAUUCUGUUGGAAGCCGCCCAUAGUGGCUGGGGAAACCCAGCCAGAUGGGCGGGGUAUAAAAAUAAAUUAUUAUUAUUAUUAUUAUUAUCCACAGUGGGUCAUAACAAGGGCAGCAGCCCCAUGCAAAUAUAUGGUAGAAGAGUAAGAAUUGGGUCCCCAACUGCAUGUUUGGAUUAAAAGUGGGUACUGGGUCUGAAAAGAUUGAAGGUACCUGUUCUGCAUUACCCUUUUGUCUGCAGUUAGUUGAACUGGGUAAUACUUUCCCUUGCUGUUUCCCUUGCACACGCAUAGACUAUGUCAUCUUACAAAUGUGUCUAAAGUUCCUGUGUUGCAUUUUUGUAUGUUACAUAUGUGCUGUAACUCGUAGGCAAUACUCGUCACAGGUUACCUUGACACCUUGACACGCAUGACAGAAGAAAGGUGUGUGACUGGUAGCAUGCUUGGUUGGAGCUGGCUGACUUCACAAGGAAAUACUUUACUGGCUUCCGAUAACAUUCUCAAAGACAAACAGAUUCAUUCCUCUGUUCAGCACUGCAGUGUACAUGCUUUUUUUCAAGCAAGGAAUGAAUUAUUUUUAAAACAUGCACUGUAUCACUAGUUACCCUUUUUAUUAUCUGUUCUCAGCCAAAGAGAGCAAACUUUACACUUCCUUUGAAGAACACCCCUUUAGUCACACAGCAAACUGUCAAACUGAGGGCAGUUAAAGCAGUUUGUGAUUCACUUUUUAAAAACAAAACAACAAAAAUAGGUUCCCACUAGCCUAGUGAAGGCAUGAAGCGGCUCUGCAAAUCCUGGCAAAAGUAUGCCGUGAUGAAAAAAUGGACCUCCUUUAUGCCAGUUCCUUUUAUUGUGAUAUUCUUAAAAAUCUUCUCGGAUUUGUUUUAGUGAGGAGUUACUGAUGGAAUCUCGAAGUCUCUGCAAUCAGCUAGAGAAUGUGAUGCACCACACAAUGAAGGAUCAAGAGCACAGCUUUAUGGUAACAUCUUAUGUUUUCUGUUGUAAAGUGACUGGGGCGAGGGGAGCGGAGAGACUGAUGCUUUGCCAGUACAGUCCCUGCAGGUCAGUUUGAAAGUGGGUGGCAUUGCCCCUCUCUCAGACACCUGAUGUUAGAUGGUUGAAAGGUAGGUGGCCUUCCCCAUAUGAUAGCACCAAUAACUUGUUUCUAGCCAGCGAGAAAGCACUCUUAUUUAGACUAGCUUAUAGUCACACAAGAGAGGAUUUAACCUGAGCUGAAAAAUACUUUGGAGGGAAUUGGACAGGAAGCCACAGUUUUUAUGAAUGAGGUGUCUCAAUAAGCACUUGUUUUGUUUUUAGGCUCUGGACUGGAGUUGGUUGAAACUUCAAGAGGAAGAAAGAGGAAAAGGCCUAGAACAAACCCAGAUGUGAAAAGGGCCACUAUUAAAUCGCUUAAAAGCUAACAUUUUAAAAGUUGGUAGCCUGCUAUGAAUGGAGGCUGCUACCCUUGUUGAGAAAUCUAUGCCUAUUGCCCACUGACUGAUUGUAUUCAUUUUUUACUCUUAAUCAUCUGUAUAUAUAAAAUAUACUGUUUGUGAACUAUGUUUGAGUGUAAAUUCUCUCUAGACCUCCCUAAAGCGUAAAUUGCCCCCUCUAGCCAUUUCCCA